AGGUAGGGGAUGCAAAAGAAAGAUGAGAGAAUCUUUCGCGCCCUAUAUAAGCGGCGUUCCCUCGCCGAUCGAGGCGUAAUCGUCCCAUACGUGGUGGUUCGAAAACAAGACAUGUUGAGAACGCUGUUGCUCGCCGGAUUGUUGGCCGUUGCGUUGGCCGCGCCAACGCCGGCUCCGAUCCCAGCCCCGGCUCCGGCGCCGACACCCUCGCCUCUCGCACCGGCCGCUCUGCUCUCCGCCGCCCCGCUGCCGGCCGCUCCAUUGCCAUCACCCGUCAUCUCCAGCAUCGGCUCGCCGCUUCUCUACCCCAACUACCCGGCGUCCAUCUCGGUUGGUUACGCGCCUGCUGCCUCCUACCUUUACAAAAGCUACGUGAUCUAAUCGAGCUGCGCUGAGGUGAACGAGGUUUCUGGAUC